AAAUCACUUCAUAAUCCCUUGAACUGAAUUAAUAAUCGUUUGAAAAUAAUUAUCUUGUGUACUGAACUUACAGACGAUAUGAACAAAAGUAGGUAUGGAAUCGGGAGAUGCAAGGGGGGGGGGUCGGCCUUAGCGCAUCAAACCCGGUCCCCACAGAUAAUUAUGUUGAUGUUUAAAUAAUGGACUUUGUUUUAACGCCUGGGGCGAUGUGUGGACUACACAAUUAUACGGACAGUUUCAUAUUUCCCCAACAAUUUUCCUUUUGCACGCGUAGAUCAUAACUUCCUUGAUUCGACCACCCCCCCCCCCCCCACCGACAUGUGUUAGCGCCCUCUCGUGAACUAUUGUUGUCUAGUCAACAGUAAACAAUGUCAAGAUGGCGUCGUCCAGUAGUGGUGGUCGAACGUCCAAAGAGUUGAAAAUGAUGAUAUCUGCGAGUAAUCAGGAUGUUGAUGAGAUGCAAGGGAACCUGGACAAACUGAAGAAGCUGACCAAAGAUGACAAAACUGAGGCAGCCAUGCUGCGGGCCCGCAUCGACGAACAGUCCCAGCUCAUCUGCAUACUCAAGCAACGAGCCGACGAAUCUCUGGCUCGGUCGCAGACCCUGGAACGCGUCAACCGCGACCUGGAAAUGUUCCGCGACAACGCUCAGGAGAUUAUCGAAACCGAGGUCAAGAAGUCGGGUCUGCUGGAGCGACGGUUCAACGAGCUGGCCGAGAAUCACGAAGAGAUGAUACGCAUCAAGGACGACUACAAGCACAAGAAUGAGGAACUGAGAGCGGAGAACUCACGUCUCCGGGACGAGAACUCGCGUUUGUUCUCAGCGGCGCUCGUUGAGAAAGACGGGAAGAUUGACUCAUUGCAGAAACAGGUGACGAGUCUUAAGGAACAGUGCAAGGAACUCAACCAGUUCGUCAGCCGACUGCAGACUGAAUAUCACGAAAAGAGCCAGGCGAUGGAGGGAAGAAUCAAACAUCUAGAGAAACAACUAAAUGACACACACAAGAAACUGAAAGGUGCUCAGUCCCAGCUCCAGCAGCAGUCCGACAAUCUCAAGAACUCUGACGCCAACCACUCCCUCAAGCUGGAGAAACUGGCAAAGGAGAAAGACGAAAUGCUGGAGCUGGCCAUGCACCGGGGCAAACUCAUACAGGACAAGCAGCGAGAAAUCAAAGAUCUGCAAAGUAAGGUUGCCGAGGCCGAGAGAGAAGUCAGCAGAAUGGAGGACAAAUUUGAGCGCGAAGCAGCGAUGGUCUCAACCAACCUGCAAGUGAUCAGGUUGAAAGGCGAGAAAGACGAAGCCCAACACACGCUCAAGCAAAUCAACAUGGAAUACGAAGCUUACAAGAAACACAGUAGCAGCCUCCUUGCCAAAGAGCGAUCGCUCAACGCACAACUCAGGAACCUGGUCUCCUAGCAACGCAACUGAUGCAGUCCUUGGUCACCAAGGUAACAUAGUAUAAACCCUUGCCUUGAAGGAAGAGGAUGCUCUUCAUUCCCUGAACCUCUUCAGAAGCGAGGCAAAUUCAUUUCGCAGCUGUGAAGCUUCUUAAAAUCUUAAAACAAGUUGCGUUGUCCGCAAGCUCACUUUCAGUUCUAAAAUAAUGACACAAUUUGCCCCACUCAUGCACAGGCCUGUUCUAAUGUGUUACACAGCUUUUGUGUCACACUACUGGCCUAUGCUAUCUUCCGCCCCAUUCAAUGUAUUAAAAGCAUUUUUUCAAAAAGCAAGCUGCAGAUUUUUUUUCUUAAUAUACCCACAGAAAAUAUUUAUUCAUAUAUCACUUACAUCAGAUUUGAUGUGUUUGCCCAAUAUUUGAAUAAAUUUCUUUAAAAUCAAAUUGUUUCUUUAAUUUGUACAAGCAUUGUAAUUUAAUACAAGCUAAGCCUUGUUGGUACAUGCAUCCAUA